GCGGCGGUAACUGGAACGGAAGCGUUCGAGUCUGUAGUGCUACACCUUAGAGGUUCCCCCACGCUUCGGUAGUUGUAUGGUACCGGAAGUGCCGGCGGAGGGAGCGGAAGGGGCGGGGUCAGGACCGGUGGUUCGCGUGUCUUCUUUCCUACCCUCCAGCUGCACACCCCGCCCCUUCCCGGCCCGGCAAUGUCCGCGAACAACAUGUCGGACCCCCGGCGUCCCAACAAGGUGCUCAGGUACAAGCCACCUGCCACGGAGAACAACCCGGCCCUGGAGGAUCCCACUCCGGACUACAUGAACCUGCUGGGAAUGAUCUUCAGCAUGUGCGGCCUCAUGCUCAAGUUGAAGUGGUGUGCCUGGAUUGCUGUCUACUGUUCCUUCAUCAGCUUUGCCAACUCUCGAAGCUCUGAAGAUACCAAGCAGAUGAUGAGCAGCUUCAUGCUCUCCAUUUCUGCUGUGGUGAUGUCCUACCUCCAGAACCCCCAGCCCAUGACACCCCCGUGGUAGACACCAUCUCCUAGCUCUUCAGCCCGGACCUCAGGAGCUUACGGCUUUUACUAUUGGUUCCUGGGCCAGAAAAAAGGAAAAAAAACCCUAGAAACUGUUUCAUUCCUCACUUCUAUGUUCACUUCCCAGCCUCUGAUCCAAGUCUGGGGCCUCAGAUUGUGAGUUCACGGUGGAACGUCCCCACUCUGACCUUACCUCCGCUGAAGGAUUGUCUGUUCUUGGGCCUUGGCCCUGUCAGUGUCCUCCAGCCCCAAAUUCCUCUCCAGCUUUUCUGCCCGCAACACCCUGGGCAGAGGAGGAUUCUGCACCUGUCUGGCUCCUCGUCACAUUGUCUAUCCUUCCUUCUGGGCCAGAGUCCUUCCCAGGAGGCCGAGACUGGGCACUGACGCCUUCGGGCCGGGGCAGGCCGGGCUGGGGGUGCGGGUGCGAGUUUGGGGCUCUAUCGCUUGUAACUACUUGUAGCAACCAAUACAGAUGGAUGUGUAAGAAA